AUGAUCUUCUCAUAUCUCAGCAUCCUGGCGGCAGCUGGCGUUGCGCUGGCUGUCACACCGCAGGGCUUUUCUCCCGGCGUCCAGGCACCUCUCUUUGUCCUGUACUCGGACAGCGUCGCCGCCCUCAACGGUGCCACCAUGUCAAAGAUGACGACGGCAAAGGAGCCUUUUGUCGGUACGGAAAACAAGUUGACGGGCAAGUCGUACGCCAUCAUCAUGGUCGACAUGGACAUCCCAACGUCGCAGCCGCCCAAGACCAGGACCCUGCUGCACUGGAUGCAGACCGACCUCGUGCCCGUUGACAAGCCCGUCACCGUCAACACGACAGCGGGAACGGCGACGGUCUAUCCGGUAUCGAAUCUCAAGCGUGUGAUCGCAGCGGCUCCCUACAUUGGACCGGACCCGCCAGCCCGCGUGCCACUCAACCACAGGUACACUCAGGUCUUGGUCGACACCAGCAACGUCGGCCAGGAACAGAUGCGGAUCCUAUCAAAGGCCGCAACGAAGCGAGAGGACUUUAACGUUGCCGAGGUCCUCUCGGCCGCCAAUAUACCCACCGAUAAGAUCGUUGCCGGUAACUUCUUCCAGGUUACGAACCCCGGACCAGCACAGACCGAUAACUACCCCAGCACCCCGAAGCCGGGAUCUUGUCCGUCGGCGCCGCCGCCAUCAAAUGGAACCAAGCCUAUGCCGCCGCCAGCUGUCCCGGCCCCCGUGCCUGGCAUAAGGCCCAACGCCACCAGAACCAACACCACAAUGCCCAGGCCCGCACCCAUCAAUGGGACUAGCCCGGCGAUGCCAAGACCGGCGCCGGGCAACGGAACCAACCCCGCGACGCCCAAGCAGCCUGCACCCGGAAACGGCACUAACCCGGCGAUGCCCAAGCAGCCUGCACCCGGCAAUGGCACUAACCCGGCGAUGCCCAAGCAGCCUGCACCCGGAAACGGCACUAACCCGGCGACGCCCAAGCAGCCUGCACCCGGCAAUGGCACCAACCCCGCGAUGCCCAAGCAGCCUGCACCCGGAAACGGCACUAACCCGGCGACGCCCAAGCAGCCUGCACCUGGCAACGGCACCAACCCGGCGAUGCCCAAGCCUGCGCCCGGCAACACCACUAGCCCAAUGCCCAAACCCGGACCCGGCGGCCCGGGCAUGCCCAAGUCACCAGGUACCAACGGCACUAAGCCCUUGCCGGGCCUGGGAAGCAACGGCACGAUGCCCAAGCCUGGCAUGAGCCCAGUACCUGGCAUCCCGCCGGUGAACGCCAAGGCGAGCUCACUAAGCGCGGCCGCUUCGAUUCUGCUGGCCUCGGUGGCUUUCUGCAUCUUGUUGUAA